CCGUUAUUAUUUUUUAGAUUAAAAUGACUCCGAGCUUGAUUGAUUUAAUUAUGACAAGAGGGGUCAUUUUUCUUCUUCUCUCCUGCUCCGUCAUUAGGAGUCAGGGGGAGAUUUCGGAUACAGAGAUGAUUAGAAACUUGGAGAUUGCACUCGAGAAAACUAGAAUGCAGCUUGAAACCUGUCAAAGUAAAUUGGAGUCGUCUUCCAAAUCUUUUAUGGGCCAGGCUAUUUCCGGAUUGGGAAGUCUAGGAACCUGUUUAGCUAAUCCUCCGGAGCGUCCCUUUAAACCCUUUGUGAGCGAGAUGUUAAGGAUCCUAGAGUUAGAAACCCACUCCGGAGUAGUUCCGCCUCGGAGCCUUGAAUUCUCAACCUCAGCUCAAGAAUUGCAAACCUUGAGAAGAUUUAUCCUGCACGAUGAUAUCAAGUUUGCAGAAGUUCAGAAUAUUCUCCUGAAAUCUCUAUCUCGUGUCGAGGAUGGAUUAGUUGGACGAGGUCUUCAUGUUCUUAGUUCUCUUGGAGUAAAUAGAAUUAAACCAUCUAUAGCACUACUCGCCAUUUCGCUGUUGAUACUUUGCGUAGUGUUGCUCCCUAUGUUUCUUGGAGCUAAGAAGCGUUUGAUACUUGUUGUAAUGUUCUGCUACUGCAUCGUGCACACCUGGCUGGGGGAGUACUGGAAGGCGGUGGCCAAAAAGGAAGCAAUAUUGGCCAAACAUGGACCAAAUAUGAAGAAUUGCAGGUUGGAGAAUCGCGGAAUGGCAAAUUCAAUCACUGAUUUCUUCUCCGGGUUGUUUAAUGGGAAGGAUGAUCCUUGUGAAGAAUAUUAUAGGGCUGCUCUAGUAGAUCCAGCAUUUGAGGUGAACCUUGUCCAUGCCCUGGUUGAAAGUGUUUCCCAGCUCCUGGGUGUGCUUGGAGGAUUAGGACAUGCUCUAGGACACUUUGUAAACAACUUUCUUGCUCCACUUCCAUUGAUUUGGAAGAUACCUGCUCUGGUUGUGGGAGCAGUAGUUCUUAUCCUUGGUUUCCUAGCACUCUCAGGAUAUCAGUUGUCAACUCUCUUCUUCACAUUCGGACCAGCCAGACCCAACCCAAGUGUAAAAGGUAAAGCGAAGCCUCGUCUCCGAGCCUCCAAGUCUAAAUCUGCUCUACAGGAACCGGAAACAGAAUCCAAGGCGGAAACUCAGUCUUUAAAAUUCUCGAAAAUAUCGGAGACGGACGCAUGGAGACAGCCUUUACCUUAUCCUUCUGAAGACAGUAAUAACCUCUUACAUACACUUGUUCACCAGCCCUCCGACCCUAGACCAUCGUACAAACACUAACAUUUGUACGACAUCUUAUAUACACAGUACUGCCUUCAGAGACCUUUUUCGGAACUUUUUCUACGGUUGUUACUAAGAUAACAGAAAAAGACUAGAUUUAACAGCAGAUUAAUAGAACGGACUUGGUGUAAAGUGCGCCAAAAGGAACGAUUAAAUUGAGGGCACCGUGCCAUUAAUUAAAUAAUAUCAAUCAAUCAAUCGUCUUGUUACAUACUGGAAUGCUAUAUGAUUGCUUAAUGUUAAUAUGCAAUGCAUUGCAUAUUGCAUAAACCUUUACAGUGUUGCACAUGAAGUACGGUAUUCAUAAAUUUGUUGUCCAAACUAGUCGUUUUUAUCUUAGGUUUGUUAUAAAAGUUUUUUUAUACUUUAGAUUUAUUUAUUUUAAAUUGCCAUGGAAAAAAUUUCGUUAUUUUAUAUUGCUUGGAUGUAUUUAUAAUGUUGCUGUUAUAUAGUAUUAUAUUUGACGGGUAACCUAAUGACAUUAUUAUGUUUAUUCAAAUGCAUUUUGGUUAAAAAAUCCAGUGAUUAUAACUAUAUGAAUUAUUAGUUGUUAAAUAUUCCAAAAUCAAGAUUAUUUUCUUAAAAAUUAUUAAGAAUAGUUUCA